GGGAGAGGAGUGAAGAGAUGGGGGAAGGUAAAAACUCCAUCGUGCUCGCAGCUUCAGUGUGCAACAUGGCUCUGCGGGCAGACAGUGGGUUUCCUGUCUGCCGUCCUACUUAGCUGAAGCAAAAGAAACUCAGCUCGGCAGGCCGGUAGUGGUUUCCUAUCUGCUUCAGUUGUGGUGAGCUAGCUUCUCACCUCAGCUGUGCAAAGAUGCAAACAUUUAUAAGGCAAAGCAAACAAUAUGCAAAGGUGGGGGAGGAGGGCUUAGCUAGCCCAAUAAGGUAAUAAAGUGUAUCUCUGCCUGUUGAUUGGGGAGCAACUGGGGGCCAAGCUUGCAGCUUCAGUAUAAGAAUGCUUGGAAGACAAUAGGGGGGGGCCAGUCUUUUGGAAGCUAUUCCACUGGCUACCUCUGCGCAGAUUUGCAAUAAACCUUUUUUCUCUGUGGAACCCACCCUGGUGUAUGUUUGACUCCUUCAUGCUAACAGCAGGGGCAGGUGACUGGAUCCGGACCCCUUAGGAUCAGAUAUCCUAACAUAUCUGGUGCAUUGGCCGGGAACCCACCUCUCCUGCUGCUUGAGCUUGAAGGCCAGGCUCGACUGGACGAACAGCUUGGGUCGGCGUAGACGGCUCCAGCGCGCACCCGCCAGUUGCGGGAGGAACCAAUCACUCCGUUCCUGAGUGGAGACGUCCGGUCGUGGGAGAAAAAGGAUCGGCCGAGGGAGGACACAGGGUGUGUCUCAGGACAUAGAGGUAAGCUCUUGGGGAAAGAGAAGAGCUGGAGAUCUGAUCAAUCUCACCUGGAGUGUGGCAAUAAAGUGCCCCCAGGAAGGGUUGGCCGGGACAGUGGGGUCCUGCUGCCAGUGUGUGGAAAGGAAAAGGGUGGUGGGUGUGAAGGUGGACUGUGUGUUGUAUGACCAAAUACUCCAGUGAAAGGAUGAAUGUGUGAGAGGUCGGGGCUUAGCGUCUCCGUGGCCAAGCGUGUCUAGGGCUGUGGUCGUCCAAGCCACAGUCUGUAGCGUGUGAAGUGGGCAAGGUGCUGAUUUUGGCUAGGAGCGGAGUAUUCUGGUAAACAUGGGUUCAGGAAGCAGUAAAUGUACCCCUUUGGAAUGCUUCCUGAACAACUGGAAAUUGGCCACAAAGGAUGAUGAUUGGGGAUUCAAGUUGAAGAAGGAGAGGUUUAGGACCCUUUGCGAAGUGGACUGGCCGACGCAGGGCACUGGCUGGCCGUCCCAGGGCAGUUUUGAUGGGCGAUUGAUCAAUCCCUUGUGGCAGAGAAUAAUUGCAAACCAUCCAGAUCAAAUUCCCUAUAUUUCCAUGUGGAAAACCAAUGUGGAUAAAAACCCCCCUUGGCUGCAGGCUUGCCGAACUGCUCCACCACGGGCAAGGAUCUGUGCCGUCCGGCAGCAGAAAUUACCUCUUGGGGUCCAAGACACAGAGGAAGAUGAAUUAAUUGUGAGGCCACCUCCUUAUAGACCCCCAACACCGGCACCAGCACCACAGAAUGAUCUACCCCUGCAGAAUAAUCUCCAGGAUAACCCCCCCAACCCAGUUGCUGGCAGCCCUAUCAACCCAAGCCCUGAGGAUAAAAACCCCACCAAAGCAGAGACAGCUAAGGAGGAUGAAAGUGAUGAUGAUGAGGGGGAUGAGGAAACACUGUUAAAGAUGUUGGAAGAGAAGGUACAGAAGGGGGAGAAGUGGAGUAAGAAGCAAGACAAAUGGAUAAAGGACUAUGUAGACCCCUAUAAAGACCAAGUGGAUGUUAGUCCCCACCUCUUAGAAGUGGCACGUUGUGAGGAUGGGCACUGGAAGAAGAAACAAAAGAGGUGGCUGGAGGCAGCACGUAGAGCCGCCACCCAGCAUGAGAGAGAGAGAGGGAAGAAAGAUCAGGCUACAGCCUUGAUGCCCCUCCGGGUAGUUUAUGACCCCCCGGGACCGCCAGGGGAGAAUGGGGCAGCAGCACCGCGCACCUACACAAUUCAACAUGUGCCUUUUUCAACUGCUGAUAUUUGCAAUUGGCGCAAUCAAAACCCCUCCUUUGAGGAGAACCCAGCCAAAAUCAUCAAACUUUUUGAAGGGAUCUUUAAAACUUAUGACCCUACCUAUGAUGAUGUUCAAUAUCUUUUGGACUCUCUGUUAACAACGGAAGAAGUCCGGAGGGUCCAUAGUGAGGCAAGGGCGCAUCUGAGGCAGUUACAAUUAAAUGAUAAAAAGCGCGUGCCACGAAGCCACGCGGGACCUCUUAAACCACCUGGCUGAAGCAGGCUACCGAGUCUCCAAGUCUAAGGCUCAAAUUUGUAAGACAACUGUCAAGUAUCUUGGCUUUGACAUCUCUCACCAGCGACGGACCCUAAGGGAUGAACGCAAGCAGGCAAUCACUCGGAUCCCAGAGCCACGAAACCGGAAGGAGCUCCGCAGUUUCUUGGGAUCUGCGGGUUUUUGCAGAAUUUGGAUUCCCAACUACAGCGAAAUUGCACGGCGCUGCAUGAGUCUACUAGAGGAACAGAGAAGGAUCCCUUUAUCUGGGGCCCUGAGCAACAACAAGCCUUCCAAGGCCUCAAGACGGCCCUACAACAGGCCCCAGCACUGGGAAUCCCAAACCCAGAGAAGCCAUUUACCCUCUAUGUGGAUGAGGACCAAGGAACAGCGAAAGGGGUCCUUUGCCAGAAACUAGGAAGUUGGCAACAGCCUAUAGCCUAUUUGUCUGAAAGGCUGACCACCACGGAGCAAGGCCUGCCCCCCUGCAUGCGGGCAGUAGUAGCAGUGGCCUGCUUGCUUAAUAAGGCUGACAAGUUUGCCUUUGGACAAGACAUCACAUGCGUCACCCCACACGCAGUACCCGCCCUACUGGAUAUGAAGGGCACUUACUUCCUGUCCCAAGCUAAGAUGAUGAAGUGCCAGACUUUGCUGAUGCACCCACGCUUGAGGUUCCGUGUCACAGAGGCCCUCAACCCAGCUACUCUGUUACCUGUAGGAGAGGAAGAGGAGCCAGCCCACGAUUGCAUACAGGUCAUGGACGAAGUCUACUCCAGUAGACCAGACCUUAAGGAUGAAGCCAAUCCAGCGUGGCCUUCCUGGUUUGUGGAUGGCAGCAGCUUCGUGGAAGAGGGACAACGGAGAGCAGGAUAUGCCAUCGUGGCCCUCGAGGAUGUAGUCAUUGAAGCCUGCCCCCUCCCACCAGGAACAUCAGCUCAACUGGCAGAAAUUACUGCUUUGACACGAGCCCUGCGCCUGGCUGAAGGUACAGAUAUUAACAUCUAUACGGACUCUAAGUAUGCUUUCCUUACCCUGCACGCUCAUGGCGCCCUCUGGAGAGAACGAGGACUGCUGACCUCGAAAGGAGCCCUGUGGCCCACCCACAAGCACUCUUGGAUCUCUUGGAUGCAGUGUGGGCACCCCGCCAAGUGGCCGUUGUGCACUGCUACGGCCACCGGACAGGAUCCAGUGAUGACGCCCGAGGAAAUCGUUUGGCAGAUCGAAUAGCCAAAGAGGCGGCGCGACGGCCAAACCCGGCCCCCCUCGUUGCUGCCUUGAUACCUGAGCAAGUCUUGGACACCAGCCUCAAGCCCCACUAUACCACCCAGGAGGAAAUGACAGCCAACACUGAGGGACUGGACAUUUCAAAGGAUGGCUGGUACCUUACCCCAGAUGACCGCGUGUGGGUCCCAGAAUCCCUAGCCCGCCAAGUGGUUCAGCGCUACCACGAUUCCUUACAUGCAGGACCAGAUGCCAUGACCAAGCAGCUGGGAAAGUGAUUUUACAUCUCCAAGCUCUAUCAACUGGCUUCACAAGUCUCCAAGCGUUGUGCCCUAUGCCAGAAGAACAACCCUAGGGCCGGCCUUCUGCCUCCUCCAGGAAUUCAACAUUGUGGCACAGCACCCAUGGAAGAUUUGGUUGUGGACUUUACCGAGCUGCCCCGUUGUGGCCUAUAUCGUUACCUCCUUGUGGCUGUGUGCACUUAUACAGGGUGGGUGGAGGCCUGGCCCACCAAGACUGAGCGGUCAUCUGAAGUUGCUAGGUGUCUGCUCCGGAAAUCAUUCCCCGCUAUGGCUUGCCCCGCUCCAUAGGGUCGGACAAUGGUCCAGCUUUUGUGCACAAAGUUUUGCAGGAGAUAGCUAAGCUCUUGCAGAUAAAUUGGAAGUUACAUAGUGCAUACCGACCCCAGAGUUCUGGAAAAGUAGAGAGGAUGAACAGGACUUUGAAAAAUCAACUGUCCAAAUUGACACAGGAGACAGGGUCCAAUUGGGUCGCGCUGUUGCCCCCGCCCUGCUCCGGGUUCGAAGUCUCCCAUCCAAGCGAACCCAUCUCUCUACUUUGAACUGAUGUUUGGGAGACCUGUUCCCUAUGUACGCAUGAUUUCCCCCACCCCGGUCCAGGAUGUUGAAACAGAUCAUUAUGUGCAGUCACUCUCCCGCACUCUUCUUUCUCUCAACAGGUGGACCCAGGCUCGUACCCCGUGUGUACUGGUCGAGCCCCUACACCGUUUCGAGCCAGGCAAUGAUGUGUGGGUGAAAGACUGGGCCCAAACUCCGCUACAGCCUUGCUGGAAGGGUCCCUACACUGUGCUUCUCUCUACACCCACUGCUGUCAAGGUUGCUGGCAUCGCCCCUUGGGUCCACCAUACUCGUGUGAAGGCGGCAUCAUCAGACUGGACUGUGUCUCCUAACCCGCAAGAUCCUCUUCGGCUGACCAUCUCCAGGCGCCCGACGGACGACUGCCCUGCUGCUGUCACUCCGGGAAGCUGAUAGCUCUACGCACGGCCGAAGAUAAGGAUGGGAGGGGUACCCAACGCCAGUACCCCCAACGUUCCUGAUAGCCAAGCCCUUCCCCACGCCCCUAUCAUGCCUGAUAUGUGGUGGGAGGAGCCCUGGACUCCCGGGGCUUGGUGGGCUUGGGUUCUGUGUAUGCCCCUGAUUUUCUUGAUGCUUUUGUAUUUCUGCUGGCACGAACGCCCCCGGGAUGGAUGGGGAGGAUAUUUACUAUGGUUGCGGGCCCCCUGGUGCUUUUAGUGCUUCUCUGCUUCUGUAUUCCCUGCUUGAUGCAAUGCAUGCAGAAUAUGAUGGAGAAAAUGAUGUCUCGCAUGAUGGGCCCCCGUGUGAUAGCUUACCUGAGGGAGUAUCGCCCUGUCCCGGUUGGAUGCACCUGACGGUGAUCAAGAAGAAGAGGAGGGAGUGAAGGAAGAGGAGUGAAGAGAUGGGGGAAGGUAAAAACUCCAUCGUGCUUCGCUAGCUUCAGCUAACAAUUGUCUAGCUAACAUGUAGCUCUGCGGGCAGACAGUGGGUUUCCUGUCUGCCGUCCUACUUAGCUGAAGCAAAAGAAACUCAGCUCGGCAGGCCGGUAGUGGUUUCCUAUCUGCUUCAGUUGUGGUGAGCUAGCUUCUCACCUCAGCUGUGCAAAAUGCAAACAUUUAUAAGGCAAAGCAAACAAUAUGCAAAGGUGGGGGAGGAGGGCUUAGCUAGCCCAAUAAGGUAAUAAAGUGUAUCUCUGCCUGUUGAUUGGGGAGCAACUGGGGGCCAAGCUUGCAGCUUCAGUAUAAGAAUGCUUGGAGGACAAUGGGGGGGGGGCAGUCUUUUGGAAGCUAUUCCACUGGCUACCUCUGCGCAGAUUUGCAAUAAACCUUUUUCUCUGUGGAACCCACCCUGGUGUAUUUUUUUGACUCCUUCAUGCUAACAGCAGGGGCAGGUGACUGGAUCCGGACCCCUUAGGAUCAGAUAUCCUAACACUAGAACAAUAGGAUUCAGAAUGCAGCAGUCUGAUUGGUCCUAGAACAAUAGGGUCCAGAAUGCAGCAGUCUGAUUGGUCCACAGGAGCCACCCAAUCCAGCUCCAGGUUGGCCUACAAGUGAAUCCCUGAUUGGCCUACAGGUGAAUCCCGGAAUUAGCCAAUCACGCGGGGCCCAUUGUGUAAAUAAUGUAUAUAAAGCAGACAUUCUGGAGGAACUUCCAUUCCUCCUCGCCGCUAUGAGCUGAUUAAAGAGCAUGAAAUCCACUCUCGACUCUGAGUAUAUUUCAGACUACCGUACAUACAGGAAGCCCCAUUCCUGCCAUGCAGAAAUCAGAAGGUUCUCCGUACUCGCAACAUAAGUCCAGACCCUCUCCAUCAUCCAGCCAGAGAAGCAAGAGGCCUUAGCACAUUUCCAGGACACAUUUCGGCCAGACCAAAAUAUUUGGAGCAGAGCAAAUGUGGGACAUGGCCUGGAAAGAGUGCUGAGGCCCAGAUCAAGGCCUGGAGAAGCACAUUUGGCCUCCAGGACUGAGGGCUCCCACCCUCCCCUUUAAAAGUCGAAAGCAGCCAAACGAAAACACCUGGAUCAUUUGACUUUUCUUUCCACAGAAUUAAACCAUAGGAACAGAUCUUACCUCAGGCACCCUUGCCUGCGUUGCGAUGCUUCUUGUAGCAAUUGGGUAGCUUCGCCAUAAAAUGUCAGUACUCAGAGGAGAGUUUGCCCCAGUUGUUUAUCAUUUCUUUCUAAAUGGGAGUCAGGGGUUCGAAUUUUGCCAUGGGACUGCACCCCAUGUUCCCUACCAAGGCAUGGAGGCACAUGCCCAUGUCAUCAGCGGCUUGCCAAAUGUAAUACUAGGGAGGACGGCACCCGUGUUUGUCAUACAGAGUAGAUGCUUGCAUUCAACAAAGCGUUUAAAUUUGUGGAGAACAGAAAACCUAUGCAGCUUUUAGCCGAAUUAGCUAAAUGGAACCUCCAUGUACAGGGGCAGUAUAGCUCAGGGAACAAACUACAGCUUUGGGGGGGGGGCAUUACAUUUAUGUCCCGUUUGUGCCUUGCGGUCCCGUUGGACCUCUCUCAUCCAUAAAGGUGAUUCUCAGGGUUUUUUUUAAAAAAAAAACAAUAAUUAAAUAAUUGAUGGGGGGGGGCUGGAAUGGAUAUACAUCCAAAGCCUGAGCCAAAAAUUCACCUGUAUCUGUAAUCAAUAAAACUGUGGCCAUUUCUAAGCUAGGUCAUUGUCUGCUUGAGUUUAUUACUCACAUUUAGCCACUGCCAGGGGUGGGGGUGGCGCUGUGGGUUAAACCACAGAGCCUAGGGCUUGACGAUCAGAAGGUUGGUGGUUUGAAUCCCCACGAUGGGGUGAGCUCCCAUUGCUCGGUCCCUGCUCCUGCCAACCUAGCAGUUCGAAUGCACAUCCAAGUGCAAGUAGAUAAAUAGGUACCGCUCUGGCGGGAAGGUAAACGGCGUUUUCGUGUGCUGCUCUGGUUCGCCAGAAGCGGCUUAGUCAUGCUGGCCACAUGACCCGGAAGCUGUACGCUGGCUCCCUUGGCCAAUAAAGCGAGAGGAGCGCCGCAACCCCAGAGUCGUCCACGACUGGACCUAAUGGUCAGGGGUCCCUUUACCUUUACCUUUAGGGAUGGGGGUGGCACUACGAUUGGGCCUGCAAUAAACUAACUAGUUAACUAACUAACUAACUAACUAACUAACUAACUAACUUUGUAGUGAGUUCCCCCACCGUUUCCCCGCCAGAAAAAAACGCCCUGGUGAUUCUUAAGGUCUUUUGCAGACCCAGAUAGUGAGUUCCUUCCCAAGGAAACAGAUGAAUGCAAGACAUUUUUGGCAUUAUCUCUCCUUUUACAUUACUGAGCUAUGUAGAAUUUUCUAACAGUCCAGACUUUAAAAAUGCACUCUCCUUAGGCAUGGAGAAAGCUAGCAUUGUGUAUUAGGGUCUUAACGAGGGGGACAGAAUGAAAGAUGCUUCUGUAAGGACCCCUGAAAACAGAAGUGGUGAGAUUUGCUUGUUUCCUUUCACUACCAAGAAGACACAAGCUCCUGCCCCUGGUCUGCUCCCAGGUACAGUUCCCUGGAAAUUCUGCAGCAAAACAUUGCCCAGCAGUGACACAAUUCUUGGGACCAAGUGAAAUGUGCAGUAAUCAAAACCAGACGCAAGUCUAGUCCAGCCUGUUAAAUCCGUCUCCAAAUCACUUCGUUCCCAAGGGUCAGAUCUCAAUCGGGAAGGAAUCGGGGGAGGCUGGGAAAAGAGACUUUAGCAUUUCCCUGACAUUUACUGCACACUUUUUCUCUUGCUGCUAAAAGACCCUGAAUCCACUUGGCUGCCAGGGACCGGCUAAAAUAGCACCGCAGCUGGCCCCGGAUCAGCUGCAACGGCAAAUCUGAGCUAUGCCUUGACAGGAGGGUUUUUGCUUCGUAUCUGCAGAACGUCCACCCAAAUUGCUGUUUUUCACACUGCUUGGGAGAGAGUAUGUGGGCGUUUAUAAGAAUCUAGAACUACAGCACAGAAAGACCAGAGAAAACCUCAUCCAUCAGAACUCUGCACGAAGAGCAAAAGUCUUCCUGUAUCUUAAACCCGACUUCCCCAUCCUAGGACCUCCUGAUCUGUUUGGACUAUAAUUCUGAUGGGAGUUGCUGUUCAAAGCAUUUGGAGGGCACCAGGUUGGGGACAGCUGCCCUAAACCAUUCUUAAACUAAAGAUUUUAAUGCAUGCACAGCUGAGCUUAAAAGCAUCUCCUGAUUUUCAGGCAAGCUUCCUCAACUUUGCUUUUUGAGGAAAUGCAAAAGUGAUCCCCAAAACAGACAGACAAGGUUCAGGAUUAAAAUGCUACAUUUGAUCAAACCAACUGUGUCAGUAGGGGAGUGUAGCAAACAUUUAUUUGCUGCAUUUAAAACAUCUAAAUUUAAGAAAUCUGAAGGCAGCCCCGUUUAGGGAAGAUUUUAAUAACUGAUGUUUUAAUGUAUUUUUAACCUUCUGUUGGAAGCCGCCCAGAGUGGCUGGGGAGACCCAGCCAGAUGGGAAGGGUAGAAAUAAUAAUUUUAAAUUUAAAAAAUUUAAAUUCAAUUUUAAAAAAUUAAUUUAAAACAUCUCUGUUGCGGAUAAGAUCCGGAUGCUUUUGGAGAAAACUGACCUUCUAGAUCCAUUUCAAUCAGGGUUUAGGCCCAGAUCUGGCACAGAAACUGCUUUGGUUGCCCUUCACAUAGCUAGGGGCUACUUCUGGAUCCAUUGCUAUAGUUUGGGGGGGGGGAGAGACAAAGACCCCUUGUCUCCCAGGAGUUGACUCCUAUGACAGCAGCUCAUUCCCGGUGGUCUUGCCCCAUGAAAUCAGUUGGCAAGACUGAAAGCCCCUGCCUCUCCACAGCUAUCUAUGUCCCUUCCUCCUUUUCCCAAGCAAUCGGAGCCUAUGUCUUCAAGCAGUUUGCCUUUGCUCUGCCUGUUUCACCCCUCUUCUGCUUCUGGGAGUCAAAAGUGGAGAGGAGCCUGGCUCAUCUCUGCCUCUUGGCCUCCCUUUCCCUGCUCUUCUGCUUCAUCUUCUGUCCUGAUUCUGGACUUCUCUCUGCCUCAGACUCUCCCAGCUCACUAAACCUUGCUACCUCCUCAGCUUCCAACACCAACUCUUCCUCGUCUUCUCCCUCUGGCCACUCAUUGUUGUUCCCCACCACCACCACCACCAAUCCCUGGGCUCUGAGCCUCCUUCUCUUGGUGGUUCCCCAGCUGGUUGCUCCCACCGUUUCUCUGCAUCCAUGGCACUCUGCUUUUCCCAGCCACCAUAACGUCAUGCUCUCAAGCUCUAAACCAGCCAGUCGGCCCAAAAGGAUGCCAAGGCUGAUGACAUUGAAAGCUGCUGAGAGGUCUAGGAGGGUCAACGGAGUUGCACAUACGUUCCAUGACAUAAGUCAUCCACGAGGGUGACUGGGUGCAACAGCCCUUGCAGCUUGACUCACGGUGAUGACAGCUUCUGCGUGCUUGCUUUCUGCUUCCUUCUGAAGCCUCCUGUGUUCCUCUUCAGGUCUGCCUGCAGUGGUGAUGGCACCUUCUGCUUCGCUUUGGGCCAUGAUGCAGCUUAACUGGGAAGGCAGAGAAGUGAGAGACAAGGCAGAGGGCAGCUGCUUCCCAAACUGGUGAAUGUGGGUGGGUUGGUGUGACUCUCACUUCUGCAGAACUGGGGAGGAAGGGACCCAUACUCUCCUUAUCACUGCUGGAGAGCGUCAGGGUGAACUGAGAACAUUGUUCACUUACACAAGGGCAUUAUGGACUUUGUGCCAUUGACAGUGAUCCAUGGAUCAGCCUAUUAUAAAUAUUCAGCCCAACCUUAACUGGGCUGUAGUUCAGUGGCAGAGAGGCACAUACAUUGCCUAUGAAAGGUCUUAGGUUCAAUCCCCAGGUGCAGAUGGGGGAAGAUUUGGAUCAGGAAUCCUGGACAGAUGCUACCAGUAAGUGAUUGUGAGGUACAGAUGGCAUAAGGCAGCGUCCUAUGACCCUACUGAAAAUGUAAGGUAAAGGUAAAGGGACCCCUGACCAUUAGGUCCAGUCGUGACCGACUCUGGGGUUGCGGUGCUCAUCUCGCCUUAUUGGCCGAGGGAGCUGGUGUACAGCUUCCGGGUCAUGUGGCCAGCAUGACUAAGCCGCCUCUGGCAAACCAGAGCAGCGCACGGAAACGCCGUUUACCUUCCCGCUGGAGUGGUACCUAUUUAUCUACUUGCACUUUGACGUGCUUUUGAACUGCUAGGUGGGCAGGAGCAGGGACCGAGCAACGGGAGCUGACCCCGUCGCGGUGAUUUGAACCGCCGACCUUCUGAUCAGCAAGCCCUAGGCUCUGUGGUUUAACCCACAGCGCCACCCGCGUCCCUUACUGGAAAUAUAAUCUGGAGAAAAUAGAUUCAUUUUCCAGAUUCCCAGACUCCAGAUUUCAAUGGCUCUUUGAAAAGCAUUAUGUUACCUUUAAAGCACACUUGAAGCACAUUCCCCACCCCCUCAAAGAAUUCUGGGCACUAUAGUUUGUUAAGGGUUUCUGGGAACGAUUACUCUGUGAGGGGCAAACUACAGUACCCAUAAUCCUUUGAGCAGGGGGAUAUGCUUUCAUAGAAUCAUAGCACUGUAGAGUUGGAAGGGAGCCUGUGGGUCAUCUAGUCCAACCCCCUGCGAUGCAGGAAAAUAUCCCAUACAGAAAUUGAACCUGCAAGCUUGACAUUAGCAGCCGCACGCUCUAACCAAGUGAGCUAUCCAGGUAUAGUGCAUGGGUAGGCAAACUAAGGCCCAGGGGCUGGAUCAGGCCCAAUCGCCUUCUAAAUCUGGCCCGCAGACGGUCCGGGAAUCAGCAUGCUUUUACAUGAGUAGAAUGUGUCCUUUUAUUUGAAAUGCAUCUCUGGGUUAUUUGUGGGAUCUGCCUGGUGUUUUUACAUGAAUAGAAUGUGUGCUUUUAUUUAAAAUGCAUCUCUGGGUUAUUUGUGGGGCAUAGGAAUUCAUUCAUUUAAUUUUCCCCCCAAAAUAUAGUCCUGCUCCCUCUCACCACAGCUCCCUAAAGUGAAAUAUUUAGGAAUUCAAAUAACAAUGAAAAUUAUAAAUUUGUUUGAAGAUAAGUAUUUUAAAAAAUGGGAAGAAAUAAAAAGGGAAAUGGAAAUUUGGAGAAGAUUGAAUUAAACACUCUGGGGUACAGCUUCAUGCCUCUUCCAUGGCGAUGUGGAGGGAGUGGUCCUUUCCUCCCACAUGUAGCUACAUUUCCCGAGUACCAAGCAGGUAAGUCAUCCUCGCACAUGUUUUCCCCUGUGCAACAUGUGACGGCAUUCAUGCGCUGGGCGCAUGCACACAGCAUAUUGUUUCUCUCUCUCUCUCUCUCUCUCUCUCUCUCUGGGUUCCGGUGUGCCCUGCUCAGAUGCCAGGGUGUGCCCACACCAAACUGAGCUCACGGCUUUUGUGGAGGAGCUGGAAGUUGCAACAGAGACCUGCCUCCCUUUUCUGUUUGGUCUAUAUGUACAUUCCAUCCCCCAAAGGGAAACAACUUGAGGUUAAUUAGGCAACUGGCAGGAUGACACUCGCAGUGGCAGAAGUCCAGCAGAACUCAUGAAAACGACUUCCUCGGGGGGGGCGAGGGCUCCUUGGCCCGGCCGCAGCAUCUUUCCCUUGCACUCCAUAACCCGCCGCACUCCGCAGAAACAAGCCAAGAACCCGCACCCUUCUGUUCUCGCUCCUGCUUUCCUCCGCUCCUAAGGAAUCCUGCUUUUGUUAUAUGGGAAGAGGGGGGUGGAAUUGCAACGCAGAAGAGUUUAGCAGAUAUAUUUGGAGAGGACACACACAAACACACACACACUCCUGCAUAAGCAAGCUGACUGCCAAACCUGAAUUGCAGCAGGGAGAGCGGCUGAACAGCUAAGGCAGCUGCUGUUGAGUUUCAGUCUGCCUGUGGUGCAGGUUUUUCAAGUCACACACACACACACACACCCCUGCCUGUCACACACUCCUUCUCUCAUUCAUACACGCACACACACACAUGCAGAAAGGAGCUGUUUGAGGUUACCGCCUGCACAGGUACUUAAACAUUCUUGGAGGAUCUCGGCUGCUUAAAGAAGAUCCGGUCCUUCCCCAGGUAAGUGCAAAACUGAGCAGAACGCAAUGAUCUGACCUGAGAGCCCAGGCUGAAGUUAAUGAUUCAUUGAUGCUUCUUCUCUGAUGGAAGGCACAAAGAGGUCAGGAAUUUGCAAUGAAGCCGGGGCAGCUUUAGGAAAGAAGACCCAGGAGGAGAGGAAUGUCAUUUGCUUCCAAACUACAUGCUGCAGACAGAGAGCAUUCUUCCUGCAUCUUUGCUGCUGCUGCUGCUGUAGGUUUUUUGGAUGCUGUUUUAUAAAGCACUGCCACACUCGCAGAGCAACAGCAGAAGAGGAAAAAGAAAGAUGCAUUUACAAUCUACCUUUUGAUGGUAUAGGGAAGGAAGAGUCAAAAGGAACAAAUAAUAGAGGUGGGGGAGAGGUGAUGGCCAGCUCACUUUUGUGGACAUUUUCAUAGGUGUACUGAUAAGAGCAUGUUGCCUGGAUAAAGAUUACCUUAAUAUUUCUACAGUACGUCUUGACAUGUCAUUGGUUUUAGCAUCUAAUAGCGUUAGACAGUUGGCGUGAAAUGGUGUUUUAUGAUGUGACAGUGACAGAACACCCAAAAGAUGCCCGCAAGUCCAAAGUACUCAGAUCUGGAGAGGGAAAUGUUACAUUUCAAAAAGGCAAUUUGACUGCUAAAUUCAAAACGUAACUUUCCACAUGUGUACCAGACUUCAAAUAUUUGCAAGUAUUCGCUUUGGCUCCAUGAUCCUGCCUUGUGCAAAAAUGUAUUGGACAUCUAUGGUACCUUUUGUAGGAAACUGCUCAUUUACAAUGUACCAGCUCAGCCAGGGGAAGCAGGCAAUGAGGAUCUUUUUGCGUUUGGCGUGUCUUCAAAGGCAAAAGUUUCCCCUUCGUAUCCGCAAAGCGGCUUCUUUCAAAUCAGCCGCGAAAGUCAGACUUGUUUUCUCCAACUGUUGAGAUUCUAAUUUUUUUAAUGGAUGCAAAUUUUACCAACUAGUAACCACCAGCCAUCAAAAGUCAACAAACUAUGCAAAAUCCUCGAGAGGCGAUCAUAUUGUAUAUAGAAAAAUCAUGUGUGAAAUAAUACUUUGUGACUGUUGAGUUUUGCUUAUGGUUUGCCAAACUCCAGGUUGUAUACAUGUCAUACAUUUAAAGCACAUCUAAAGCACAUGAGGUCCUCCAGAGAAUCCUGGGAACUGUAGUUUGCUAAGGCUGCUGAGAGUUGAUGCUCUGUGAGGGGGGAAACUACACUUCCCAGAAUUCUUUGGGAGAAACCAUGUGCUUUAAAUGCACGGGGUAUACACAGCUCCUGUUAUUCUGCUGUGGUCCCUUGUAAGCUCAGCAAACUGAGAAAACCAGAGUUUGGUAGAAAAACCAUGGAAUGUAUGUGUUUCCCUAUAGAGAUAGCCUAUGGCCCUUUCCAUGAGGAUAGCGCUUGCCAACAGUUUGUUCUGAGGAGGAUGGAAGGAGUGAGAAAUAAACAGAGGCUAAGAAUAGCAACUUGAGCAAUGGCUUUCAGCAAGAUCCAGGGACCAUUGAAAGACUGUGCUGAGUGCUGCAGGGCUCCAGAAACAUGCAUUAUUCAGGUGUACACUUGUCAAAUUAUGACAGAGCUAGGAAGAAAAGAGGGUGUUAACAGAGCGGUUUCUCUUUCCGGCGGAAUGAGAAGCCUGCUGUUUGUUCUUGGAAGACAACCGCCGGCCAAAUACCUGCUAUUCAAACAAGCUGUUUGAUAAGCAAUAUUUGUUUGAUGCUCUUGCACCUGUUCCCUAGGUUCCUCAGCAAAAAUAAUUCCAGGGACAGGUCACUGAGGCAGGUGGCCAGGGUGACAUUUGAGGAUUCUACUGAAUGCAUCAGGUGCCCAGUUUCAGAAGUGCCAAUCUCUGUCAUAUUAACGCUCCCGGAAGCUUUUUCACCUUUCAGUUGGGGUGGGGCAAGGUUCUUGGCAAGGUUUGAAGGCCUGUUCCUGAAGAUCGUUAAGAUUAAAUUGCAAAAAAGCACACACACAUACAAAGAGUGUUUUGGAAGAGCAUUUGUUGCGGUUGCUUGGUGCUAGCUUGUCAUUGCAAGAUUAUCAAGUGGGGUCAAAGAACCAUCUUUUUUCAAAAAGAGUUAUGUGCUUCUGAUAUGUGUACCUGUAACAUCAAUCCAUUUCCUUGUUAAUCGUACUGUUGUGGCUCAGGGCAGAUGUGGAUGUUGGUGGAAAGUUGAACCCCUUUGUUUCCCUACCUUUUUUUUUUUGGUAAUGCUAACGUGGAGGUUGAAGGUGCAGUUGAAGGACUGGCACAAUGGGUAAGAGAAGGCUGCUUCAACAUUUUCCUACAGGCCAGUUCUCCCCUGCUGCAGCUUGUUGUUGUUGUUGUUUAGUCGUUUAGUAGUGUCCGACUCUUCGUGACCCCAUGGACCAGAGCACGCCAGGCACUUCUGUCUUCCACUGGCUCCCGCAGUUUGGUCAAACUCAUGCUGGUAGCUUCGAGAACACUGUCCAACCAUCUCGUCCUCUGUUGUCCCCUUCUCCUUGUGCCCUCCAUCUUUCCCAACAUCAGGGUCUUUUCCAGGGAGUCUUCUCUUCUCAUGAGGCGGCCAAAGUAUUGGAGCCUCAGCUUCACGAUCUGUCCUUCCAGUGAGCACUCAGGGCUGAUUUCCUUCAGAAUGGAUAGGUUUGAUCUUCUUGCAGUCCAUGGGACUCUCAAGAGUCUCCUCCAGCACCAUAAUUCAAAAGCAUCCAUUCUUCGGCGAUCAGCCUUCUUUAUGGUCCAGCUCUCACUUCCAUACAUCACUACUAGGAAAACCAUAGCUUUAACUAGACGGACAAUUAUCUUCCUUCAAACAUCUACCCCAACUGGACUCCAAACAUGGACGUGAUCUGCCUGGGGAGAGGGGUGGACAACCACAGGCAAUGGCAUUUGCAGAAGAGGAUUGGCAGGCAUCCCAGUGGCCUGAUCUCCCUUCCUUCCACAUUCCCAACCCUCUUGCAGCCUCCACCCCUGCAAUAUCUUAGGAAACAUGGGAUGAAGACACGUUUGCCAAGGUAUCACCUGAGCAAUGUCUUAAAACAUUAGUUGCUCUCUGCCCACAGAUGACUGUCUCCAGCUCACCUGUACUCAGGGUUUAGCUACUGAAAAUGAUGGAGCUAAGAGAGCCUUAUCUAUUAAUUUCAGUGGGUCUGGUCUGAGUAGGACUUACAUUGGAAACAACCCGGGCCUGAUGGUAAUGGCUUCCUGCUGCGUGCAGGGCUAGCUCACACUGUGUUGGCAACUCAACUGCCAAUUAAGAAGUGCCACUUGCUUAGGGAUUUUACUGGCCUGACCAGAAUUUUACUGUUUGGGCCAGCAGCCAGCUGUGGAAGAUGCACAGCCAGACUAAAAAUUCAGUUGGGGUGUGGGUGUGUCGGAGUUGGUGCACACACAUGUACCAUACCCUCCAACAUUUCUCUGAUAAAAAUAGGUAUGUCCUAUUCCAUAAUAUCGGGACGCGGGUGGCGCUGUGGGUUAAACCACAGAGCCUAGGACUUGCUGAUCAGAAGGUCGGCGGUUUGAAUCCCCAUGACAGGGUGAGUUCCCGUUGCUCGGUCCCAGCUCCUGCCAACCUAGCAGUUCAAAAGCAUGUCAAAGUGCAAGUAGAUAAAUAGGUACCACUCCGGCGGGAAGGUAAACGGCAUUUCCAUGCGCUGCUCUGGUUCACCAGAAGCGGCUUAGUCAUGCUGGCCACAUGACCCGGAAGCUGUAUGCUGGCUCCCUCGGCAAGUAAAGCGAGAUGAGCGCCGCAACCCUAGAGUCGGUCACAACUGGACCUAAUGGUCAGGGGUCCCUUUACCUUUAUUCCAUAAUAAUAAUGAUAAUAAUUUUACUAUUUAUACCCCGCCCAUCUGACUGGGUUGCCCAGCCACUCUGGGCGGCUUCCAACAUGCAUAAAAACAUAAUAAAACAUCAAACAUUUUUUAAAAAAACCUUCCCUAUACUGGGCUGCCUUCAGAUGUCUUCUGAAGGUUGUAUAGUUACUUAUCUCCCUGGCUCUGGGGCCUCAUGACUCCAACAUACCUGCCAACAUUUCGUCCUGGGUGAGGCGGGCGCUGCUAGGCGCAUGUGUACUCUGUCCAUUUCCCACACCCAACUGCAUGGCCCUGGGCCCUGGCAACCCAUGCUAGGCCACUACAUGGAGCUGCCUUUCAAAAGGGCACAGGAACCUGUGUUAGUUCAAAAUAGCGCCACCACGCUGUUCACUGGGACUGGCCAAUAUAGAUUAUUCUGGCACUAUGCUGUCAGAACUGGCUACUAGUCUGUUUCCAGGAGACCCAGUUCAAAAUUCUCAUGUUUACUUUUAAAGCUAGAAGUGGCUUGAGGCCAAGCGACCUGGAGGAUACGCACAUCCACACCUUUCUGGACCGUAAGGUCAUCUUCAGAGGCCCUUCUCCAGCUAUACCUAUGCAAUGAGGGGUGACAGAUGACUAAUGGGAAUAGGGCUUUUUCAGGGGUGGUGCCUCAGUUGUGGAAUACCAUCUCCAGGGAGGCUCUCCUAAGGCCCACAUUGUAGUAUUGUCAGCGGCAGGUGAAACCUUUUGUAUUGUCCUUUCAGGCCUUUCAGAAAGUGCAUUUGAGAUCAUUUGCACAGCUGUCUCUUCUGUUGUACGUUUUGACUCUAUACUGUGCUCUAUCUCAGAUGUCAUGUGCAUUGUGCAUCAUGAUUUAAAUAUUUUUAGUUUAAACAGUCCAGAAAACUUUGGUUAUUGGGUAGUAUAGAAGUGCAAGAAAUUAAAUAAAAAUAAAGAGAGAGGAGUAGUCAGCCAGACCAUAACCCCCACACCCCACCAACCCUCUGCCAAUUGACAUUCCACAUAAAUCUCUAUAUUAGUUUCAUCCCCAUUCAGGCAUUAUAAAUUUAUUUAUGUAUUUAUUUAAAAUAUGUAUAGAUCACACUUUUUUGUAAAAAUGCAGGAAGGCAGUAUGCAGUGCUCAAAAUGACAACAAAGUCAAUAAAAACAUCAGUAUAAAUUAUUUAUUUAAAUGUUUACAGACCACACUUUCCCUAAAAAUACAGCAGGACGAUAGACCACACACAAGCCAAUGUAAGACCAUUAAAAACCAAUAAAUGACCAAUAAAUGAUGAUGCACUGAACUCUUGGGUUGGAAAUGACUCAGUAUGUUCAAACGGACAUUGAAAGUGGGAUCAUGCAUAACCACCCCAAUAAUAUAUCAUGAGCACUAAUAGCACCCCCUCCAACAUGUUAAUGCCAAAAACCAGGACUCGUGUCUUCCUGGCCCCGCUCCCAUGUGAGUCACAUGAUUUGCGAUCCUGCGUGUUUUUGUGCACUAUGCAUGGUGCCCCAAACCAGGAUGUCCCGAUUUAAUUGGGGCAGUUGAGGGGUAUGAAAGAAUCAUGAGUGCACGAUAAACAGAUGUGCUGGUCCAGGGGGGAGAUUACCGUGGGGCGAGGUCCAGGACCUGAGUUGAGGGUCGGCAGACAGUCCUCCACGGGCGAAGCGGGGUCCACAGCGAGAAGCCGGGCAAGGACAGAAACUCUGGGGGAACAGGACUGGAUGCUGGCCGAAACAGCUCUUCAACGACGUUGCUCCCGCAACCUGGGACCGGGCUGACUGGCCUUUAUCUUCUCUGAGGCCAGGGGCGGUCCCGGCCCCCAGGAGACCCGCCUCUCCUGGCCUUAAGGCAAGCACUCCUCCUGGGAGAAACUAGUUCCCUCCGCCUCUCUGCCCUGAGCCUCUGCAUUUCAGGAGAGGCUGAAGGGUUACUGGACCCAGGGGGAGACUCACCUGUAGGCACUGAGUCCUCAACCACCUCCGGAGCCAGAGUGGAUUCACAUGGUGCCUGCUCCUGAGGAUCCGGCACAGGUGCAGGCGCUUCAGAAUCAAGGCCCUGCCCCAGCUCAGCCGGCCCUGGAGGCGGGGACUCCUGUGCAGGCUGGGAUUCCUCCGGUUCAGCCUCUGAAUCGGAUUCCCAGGCCAUCACAACAGAAUUGUCCGGAAGAGCCCUAACUCUCCAACCUAUUCUCGCUGAUUUGGUUUCACUGGAAGAAGACACUGUGGCACUUGACACAUUGCCACGGCUCUUUGCUGGCACCGCUCAGCGAAUUAAUAUGCAGAGCCAACCUUGGCCUACUCGAGCUUUUAGCAGGGGGGCUGAGCACCACAGCAUAGCUAUUCUCUCCUCGGGACCCAAGAGCUGCCAAAGGGUUGCUGAGUGAGCCCAGUGUCGACAAGGGCAGGGAAGAGCGAGCAACAAAGCUGGGCUUCCUGGAAGACAGGCUGGUCCGGGAUUAAGUUUCUAUUCAAAUUGGGGACAGAACAAUCCCAAAACAACCUUUGGUGAAUGAGCCCAGUGUGCUCUACGGCUCCAUCCUUGGGAGUGCCAGGUCAGCCGGUUGCUGUUAGCAGGUAGCGAAUGAUCAUUGGGGCGAAUGCAGGAGUUACCGUAUUUUUCGCUCUAUAGGACGCACCCGAGCAAAGGACGCACCUAGUUUUUAGAGGAGGAAAACAAGUAAAAAAUAUUUUGAAUCGAAUCAGUGUCGGGGCUGAAGGGGGAAGCCCGGAGUUUCCCCAUAAAGCCCCGGCAUCCCCAAGCUAGAACAGCGAGACGCUGUGCAGCGCUCCGUCUCGCUGUUCUGGCUUUGGGGACAGCCUUUCAAGCCUCCGCAGGGCAGCGGGGUACCUUCACCCCGCUGCCCUGCGGAGGCUUUGCGCAGCUAACCCCAAGCUAGAACAGUGAGACGGAGUGUUGCGCAGCACUCCGUCUCCCUGUUCUGGCUUUGGGGACAGCCUUUGAAGCCUCUGCAGAGCAGCAGGGUGAAGGCACCCAGCUGCCCUGCGGAGGCUUUGCGCAGCUAACUCCAAGCUUUUGGAGCGCAGCGGGACCUCGCGCUGCGCUCCAAAGUCUUCGGGUUCCUUUCGCUUGCUCUCCCGGCUUCAGCGAAAGGAACCCGAAGCCUUUGGAGCACAGCGCGAGUUCCCACUGCACUCCAAAGGCUUCAGGCAGCUAUCCCUGAAGCCUGGAAAGUGAGAGGGGUCAGUGCACACCGACCCCCUCGCUCUCCAGGCUUCAGUGAAAGCAACGUGUAGCCUCCGGAGCACGGAGGGAGUUCUCCCUCUGCGCUUUGGAGGCUUUGCAGUGCUUUCACUGAAGCCAAGGAGCCUGCAUUCGCUUCAUAAGACGCACACACAUUUCCCCUUCAUUUUUGGAGGGGGAAAAGUGCGUCCUAUAGAGCAAAAAAUACGGUAUAUAAAACUGUAUUUGAGUAAAGGCUGUUCAGACAGAAUUGAAGGGGGCAUCACCAAGCUUGCACGUGCUUCCUACAGUCCUCAACAUUCCCGUUCGCAUUUGUUAGGCAAAACACGGAUUUCAUAUUUUAAAAUGCGAGUUUGCUAAGCGCUCUGUCAGCAUGGUAGAUACGGCUUGAGGGGAAAACAAAAGUAGGCAUCAAGUAGCUCUUUGCAUGUAAGGUGCAGUUGUGUGUGGCUUAAAAGAAAUGCAAAUGGCAUCAGCUGUGGUGCUAAUAAUUAUCUGGACUGCAGCAGGCAUGGGCUGGAAAAUUAAUCCUGCCACAGACCUGAGGAGGAUCCCUCUUCUGAAGCUAGUAUUUGCUUUGAAAAUCCCCAGGAGAGAUCAAUGGGGGGUUUCUUCUUAAUGCAAGUAGCAGGUCAGAGGAGGGCUGCCCCUUGGGACCACAAAAUGGGGAGGAAGGGGUUAAAUUUCCCUACCAACUCCUACUAUGCUCCUGAUAAUUAUCAGACCCACACAGAUGAUGCCAUCUUCAUAAAAGAAACAAACCUGCAGUUUAAGUGUAGCAUGAAGGAUGUCUAAGAUAUUCCUCUUUCAAUAGGCUUCCUGCCUACAGAGUUGUUUGCUUCACUGACUUCCGAAUUGGUUCUUGCAGGUUCUAUUUAUGGAACGCAUUGUGGUGGGGGUGUCACAAUUUACUGACAUGAACCUUUGCUGCCAGCCAAACUGGAUGUGCCAAUCUGCUCGUGUGCAGGAUUAAGUCUUCAACCCUAGAAAUACCGGGCUGGUCCACCUUGGAGCAUUAGUUAGCAUUAUCCAAUUUCCUCCGCUUCACAUUAGACCAGAAUAGUCCAUACCCACAAGGACUUGAAUUUGGAUAUGAGGAGCAACUUCAAUCUUUCCCCAUGAGCACAGAUCAGCUGACUGUGCAUUUUGUUUUGCUUCGUUUUGCAUUCUUUAGGAAGGGGAGAACGAAACUCUGCAGAAACCAUCAGUUUCAGGUAAAAAAGUAAGUCAUCUUCCCCAACCCACCCAACCAUGCUGCACUUUAAAAAUGGGACGAGGGUGGCGCUGUGGUCUAAACCACAGAGCCUAGGGCUUGCCGAUCAGAAGGUCGGCGGUUCGAAUCCCCACAACAGGGUGGGCUCCCGUUGCUCUGUCCUAGCUCCUGCCAACCUAGCAGUUCGAAAGCACACCAGUGUAAGUAGAUAGAUAGGUACCGCUGUGGCGGGAAGGUAAACGGCAUUUCCGUGCUCUCUGGUUUCCGUCACGGUGUUCUGUUGCGCCAGAAGCGGUUUAGUCAUGCUGGCCACAUGAUCCGGAAAGCUAUCUGUGGAGAAACGCCGGCUCCCUCGGCCUGAAAGCGAGAUGAGCGCCGCAACCCCAGAGUCGCCUUUCACUGGACUUAACCAUCCGGGGUCCUUUUCCUUUUUUUUAACCUUACUUUAAAUCCCUGAUUUAAAUCCCCAGUUCACUUUUAAACCUGGGAGAAUCAGCAGGAUGGGAGCUGCCAUGUUCAGGGUAUUUAAUUAAUUAAUUAUAAUUAAUUAAUACACCACCUUUAUCUUCCAGGGACCCCGAGGUGGUGUACAUGGUUCUCCUCCUCCCCAUUUCAUCCUCACAGGAACCCUGAUUUACAGGCUAUGAGAUUGCGACUGGCCCAAGGAUGCCCAGUGAGCCUCAUGGCUGAGUGGAGAUUCAAACCCUUCUCUCCCGGGUUUGAGUCCAACGCUCUAACCAUUAGGCCACACUGGCUCUCCGGGGGAGUGAAUUAGGCAAGUCGCUUCAAGGAACAGUCUCUGCCCAGUGGAUUUUUAUCACUAAAGUACUUGUUAGUUGGCUUAUUGGGUUGUCUGCACUAUCUGUUACAAAAGCCUCUUUUGUGAACAAUCACGGUUAAUAAGAUAACAAUCAUUGGGUCUCUCCAGACUGAUGUUUACUGCAGGUGUAUUCUGCAAUAUAUAGUACCUGUCCUUGUCAUAGAGCAUUUGUGGUGCAUUUGUUUUGCUUUAUUAGGGUGUUUCAAGGCAGGAGGCUUGUGAUUCGAGGACCCGUCCCCCGCUUGGGAAUAAUAAAGACAUGUGGACACAGUAUAUUAGGUUAAUGGGCAAGAAAAGGCCACAACUUUAUUGAUUACAGCAGGUGAGAAGGUAUUGGCUUAGGCAUUGGACAACUCCAAAUUUGACUCCACCCACUCGGAGAGGGGUGAGUCUGACAAGGGGUUAACCACCAGUAGGGGGAGCCUGUUGAUGCAAAUACAACUACAAGCAUUCCCCUGACGUCACCGGGGGUCGUGCCAUGCCCCCCCCCCGCCACACAGGGCAUCGGACAGGAUCCACGACCGCCGGAUUCCUUUAAUGGAAUACCCAAAAGUGAAGGGGUAGGCGAUGGCCACACCUUGCCCUUCCAUACACCAACAACACAUUCCAAUGCCUAACCGCCAAAUACCAAGAAAGUUGUGACGAUUGCUACGAGGUAGGUGGGGAAAAACCAAGAGGCCGGUGCCAAUUCGCCAAUUCAAAAAAACUCCUACCGGGCCCCCUGGGCAACCAGGGCGACCAACCAUGGGCCCAUAGCAAGGUCAAGCGAGAAGCUACGCACUAAAGGGAGUGGUGGGUGGGUGACUCGUGAAAAUGAGUGGUGCAAUGGCAGGGAGAGCUGACGCGGCCACAUUUGAGCGGCUAAACCACGCCCCCGCGGUGUCACCCAAUUGGGUGCCCAACUGGGAGGCGUGGCGCGCCAGCGAUGAUGAGAGGGCAGGGGGCAGAACGCCUCCUGCGUGAUGCAGGGAUCGGCUCCUGCUCACAACCCCUCCCUUCUGGGAGGAGGAGAGGCUUUAGUGUGCAAGUCUUGCUGGUUUUAUCGCUAUCAGUUUUCGCCAUCCCUUUUACAGGUCCGAUACUUUGCUGCUUUAUCCCUUUUGUUCAACUAGCAGGAUGGGCAAUGACAGAACAUGGGCAGGACUUGGGCUGUAGCUUUUCCCAUCUCCUUGGAAACCUUUCUCUGCACCCUCUUUUAUACACAUGCUUCUCCAUUGUUACCAUAUUAUUGCUAUCUGGAAGGCCUGUGGUGCAAAAAAGAAGUGAGACUCACAGACAUUAGUGGCAUGAAAAGCUAUAGGAUUUUGAAUAAAGCUGCACAAUGUGCACUGAAUGGAAAUGAAGGGGUAUGAGCUCCCCCCCAAAAUUUUGCAGGUGCAAAUAAUAUUAAAAGCAGGAUCACGGAUGAUUGCCCUAAUACCAUUGUGAGUGCAAAUCCUGAUGAAUGCGCAAUAAGGAGGACGUCUGAAAGAGCUGACUGUCUGUACUUUUGGGAUUCCAGUGCCUUCUGAACAUGUGUACCGUGUACAUGCAUGCUCAGGAUUAACCUUCACGCAUCUGAUGAAGUGGACAUUAGUCCACCAAAGUUUGUGCAACAGUUCAUUAAUCUUCAAGGCUCUUUGUUGUGUUUACUUCAAAGAAGAUCCACCAACAGCAUCAAAGUCAUAUAACGGUAAAAAAAGAAAAUCACUUUCAAAGGAUACAAAGGAUAUCUUGGUGUUAUUUUUGUAUCUCUCUGCAGAGGCUUAAAUAUUGCCAAAGAGCAUCACGUCCGGUGGUUUAGAUAGAUUUGGAGACAGGAGAUGUAAUCAAUUUCCUUCUGUGGCUUUGCGCUUCUCUGUUAACCUUGGUGAAGUUUCUUUGCCAUUCUGCGUCUCAGUUUUGCUGCUUCUGAAAUGCUGAUACCAGAGUCUGCAUCAACAUCCCCAAAACUGCUUUCCUGCUUUCCCCCAAAAAGCUUUCAAGGGUUGUGGUUGAAACCUCUGAAGGUGGGAAGGAACAGCUGAAAAGCCUGGGGAGGAUGAGUGAGAGUCAGUACCAGUUUUACUACAUUUUAGCAGUUUUACUGUGUUUCCAAAUAAUGCCAGCACAGAGCAGUUUGAUAUUGAAAAAUGGUACUAGGGACUGAGUUACCGUAACCAGAACUCUAAGGAUGUUCUAGGCAGGCGUCACAGAUCCCAUUUUUCCUCCAUGAAUUUCUGUAUUUCUGUGGGCAGAUCUAACCAUAUGUUUAAAGCACAUCCAACAUACAUUUACAUACAUGACUUUUCCCAAGGAAUCCUGGGAACUGUGGCUUGUUAAGGAUGCUGGGAAUUGUAGCUCUGUGAGGGGAAAACCAGAGUUCUCAUGAUUCUUUGGGGGAAGUUAUGUGUUUUAAAUGUGUGUUGGAUGUGCCUUAAAUGCAUGGUAUAGAUCUCAGUCAUCCCUGGUAUUCAUCCCCGAAGAAGCAGUGGCGAAAGUAGGCUUUAUUUCACCCAGGUCAAAGACCCAAUUUGGCGCCCCCAUGCACAUUCACACACACACACACACACACACAGCCUUAAUGACACCCCUCUGGAGGCUUCACCUGGGGCAAAAACCCUGGCCAGACCCUCCUUCCACCCCGUAGCUACAACUCUGGAAGAAGUCCUAUAUGAAAGGCCAAAGCUUGCCUACUAGACUCUCUACUCCCAAUUACCUCCAGUGAUUUUUUUUCCCCUUCCAGUUGUUGAAGUCAAAAUAAGGUCAAAUGUCAGUUCUGAACAGCAGCUCGGAGGGUGAUUUGGGGGUGACAAAGCUAUAGGUUAAACAUCACCCCCCUAAACUUUUGGAGCUGCUUCUCAGCUCCAAAUUUCCCCCCGCUGAGGCUGUUCUUCUGUUCUUUCUUUUUUCUUUUUUAAAGACUGUGUUGAAAGUUCUUGCGAAUAAUAUGCUGUUAAGUCCUACACAUUUAAAUUUCUAAAACUGGGGGGAAAACCACACCGGCCACCAAGCAGGAGAAAUUGCAAUCCAUUAGGGAAUCAUGAGCCACAGCAACCCUAACAAUAUAAUUCUUUCCUUGUCUGCUGAAUUAUUUACUGAGUUACCCAUUCCUAAUUCAGGAGAGUCCUUUUUUGAGAAAUGAGGAAAUGGGUUUGGUUUCAGAUGCAGCUCAGCAAACAUAAAACCAACACGCUAUUUAUAAACAGAACAGCCAAUUCCGGGUAUUCCGCCUCGCUUUAGCACCACCUCAAAAAGUGGGUGACCUUGACAGGGACAGAAUGGGAUGUCCGAGUGCUUGUGCGUGCGCUCGCGAGACGUCUUUCUGCACAAAUGCACACAAUAUAUGAAGGAGCAGGCCUUUGGGUGCAUUGACGUCAUGGUGAUGCCUGGUCGUUGCCACAUGUUGCUUUUGUGCUAUGCAUUGGGCAUGUUGUGUGGGUGGCGAGUGACUUGAAGGAACUUCCAGAGAUUCUGCAGGAAUUGUUGUCGGUGUGGCUGCACUGCAUCAACACCACAACUCUUCCCGUGCUUUGUAUUUUGCUGUCAAGGUGUACAGAGGACGGUGACUUAAACUGCAGCUUGCAGGGCUGGUGUAGCAGAAGCAUAGCUGUCAACUUUUCCCUUUUCUUGCGAGGAAUCCUAUUCAGUAUAAGGGAAUUUCCCUUAAAGAAAGGGAAACGUUGACAGCUAUGAGCAGAAACCAUCGGAUUGGCCUGCCCAGGUCCUCUCAGCAAGGAGCUUGAUCUCUUCAUUCACUCUAAACACAAAGUGGGAAAUGCUAAAUAAAAUGGUCUUGCGAAUCGUGAGCAGAAUCUAGCCUUCAGAGCUAUUUGUUUCUCAGUUGAUAGUUUCACCACAAAUGAGCUGAAGUUGUCAUUAACGGUGAAGCACCCGUGCUUUGGAUUUUACACAGGGCGAUCGUACAUGCAGAUUACAAAUUCAGCAUUUCACGUUUAAAUGAUGAAUGGCAAGAUUGGACAAUUUUUGAGAAGGGUCUUAGCUCAGUGGUAGACUGGCUUGGCAUGUAGAAGGUCCCAGAUUCCCUGUCUGGCAUUGGCAGGCAAGACUCCUAUCUGAACCCAUGAAGAGUCACUGGCAGUCAGUGUAGACCAGUGCUCUCCAACAUUGGGUCCCCAGAUGAUCAAGGAUGAUGGUAGUUGUAGUCCAACAAAGUCUGGGGGGACCAAAGAUUGAAGAACACUAGUGUCGACAAUUGCGAACUAGAUAGACCAACAGUAGAACUCAGUAAGGCAGCAUCCCCUCAAAAAUUGUUUCAGUUGCACCAAAGAGGGUGAUUGGGUAAUUAACUACAUGAGGGUUUGACUCUGCUGUCCCUAUGCUUUUCUCCGCAGCUCCCUGUUGCAAGCAAACUUGUGCCAAGAGAAGAUGUCCACCGAAACGGCAACCAGCCCCACAGAGGAACAGAUAGAGAUUCUGGAGUAUAACUUCAACAAAGUCAACAAGCACCCGGACCCAGCCACCCUUUGCCUCAUAGCUGCUGAGGCAGGACUGUCUGAGGAAGAGACUCUGGUGAGUGACUGAGCCGCAGAACGCAAAGGCCAGCUCUGACCCCAGGAUCCAGGCCUGUAGGGACCAUAGCCUCUCCCUUGGUCUCAGUGCUUUCAAAGUGUCUUCCUAACCACAGCCUCCCACUGGCUGGAGAUAGCUCAGUUGGUUAGAGUGUGGUGCUGAUAACGCCAAGGUUGCAGGUUUGAUCUCCAUAUAAUCAUCAUCAUCAUCAUAAUUUUAUUAUUUAUACCUUGCCCAUUCAGGCUGGGUUGCCCCAGCCACUCUGGCAGGCAGCUUACAACACAUAUAAACACAUAAUAAAACAUCAAACAUCGAAAAAAGACCCAUUAAAAAUGGGACAGCUAUAUAUUCCUGCAUUGCAGGGGGUUGGACUAGAUCAAAGUUUUCCAAACUGUGUGUGGCGACACAUUAGUGUGUCAGCUGCAGUGUGUAGGUGUUUUGUGCGAAUGCUCCCGGGGCUGGAAAGGGGUUAGUUUAACCUCCGGUUUGCUAUUGAAACUGAAUUAAUGUGUCAUGAAAUGAUAUGUGUCCAAAAAGUGUGUCACCAACAUGAAAAGUUUAAAAAGCUCUGGACUAGAUGAUCCUCAGGGAUGCGGGUGGCGCUGUGGGUUAAACCGCAGAGCCUAGGGCUUGUGGAUCAGAAGGUCGGUGGUUCGAAUCCCUGCAAUGGGGUGAGCUCCCGUUGCUUGGUCCCUGCUCCUGCCAACCUAGCAGUUCAAAAGCACGCAGUGCAAGUAGAUAAAUAGGUACCGCUCUGGCAGGAAGGUAAACGGCGUUUCCGUGUGCUGCUCUGGUUCGCCAGAAGCGGCUUAGUCAUGCUGGCCACAUGACCCGGAAGCUGUAUGCCGGCUCCCUCGGCCAAUAAAGCAAGAUGAGCGCCACAACCCCAGAGUCGGUCAUGACUGGACCUAAUGGUCAGGCGUCCCUUUACCCUUUACCUUUAUUGUGAUGGGAUUAUGAGCUGCUUGUGCGUAAAAUCGUAUUCCCUCAGAGUUUGUUCAAGUCCACAAACCUCUGUCUGUGACUGAGCCCCUCUGACAUGGCUCCUCUAGUCACUAGAAGAUUCCGACAGUGGUUGCUUUCGUAAUCGCUUCCAACAUAAAAGCUCCUUAACGGAAACACGUCUUCUGGACUCUCUGCGUGACAGUUUCCGGCGAGGAGUGGGUGUCGCUACAGGAGGUCCGGAAACCUCACCACUGUUUUCGCUGGAAGUAUCUCUGAGCCAUCCCCCCAGCUCCCUUUCCCUCAGUUCAGCUUCUCUCCCCCUGCUGGUUUCCUCUUCUGCUGCUGAGUCUCUUCCAACCUGUCUGAGCCCUUUCACCUCCCUCAGUUCAGCUUCUCUCCCCUUGCUGGUUCCCUCUUCAGCUGCUGAAUCUCUUCCAACCUGUCUGAGUCCUUUCACCUCCCUUCCUUCCGAUGGCAGUUCCCUGACAUUUAUAUAGUGCAUAUUCCUCAGGGUCCCUCCCAACUCUACAAUUCUAUGAUUCUCUCCCAAGAAAGAUGUUUGUCUUUCUCAACGUUUGCAACAGCAAGUGGUGACUUGGACAUGUGAACUGGUCAGCAGAACCAUGGACAGGGUCUCUAUGUCCCCACCUCACAUUACCUCAGGGCCAAACUAGAAGUGGUGAAUGGGGGUGGGUGGGUGGGGGUGUGACAAGGCCAGCCAUGAUUGCUGAAUCACAAUAAAUAGAAAAAACUUCUCCUUACUUCCCCGAUUGUGCUUUUCCUCCCAGCAUGAUGUGUCUGUAGUGAUGGAUUGAAAGAAGGAAAAGCAGGUUUGGCGGGAAGAUCCAACCCCUGUCUCUAAUUAAAAUUAGACUUCCACCCCAACAAGCCUCUUAAUGAACAAGAUAGGCAUGUGAUUUUUAAUUAUUUUUUUAAAGGUGAAUCUAAUCUGGCCCUCAGUGGUUUUCAUUCCAUUAGGGACCAUUCAUUCAGCUAUGAAUCAUCAACUUUUUGAGCAAUCAAGCGACACAGCGCUGGCCUAACAGGGUUUCAGUACCUCUCUAGGGUAUCUCCAAUCAUGUUGCUAGUGGUUCAUCCUGCCCACCAUGUGGUGAAUUUCGUACUUCUAAUGCCAACGGCACCCGCCAUUAACAAGGAGUUGGGGUUAUUUUAUAACUGUCAUGAUUCCAAGCAAUAAGAGAGCAAAUUGGCCAGGAUUGUGAGUGGGAAACUUGAUACAAACAUGAGAUCCCCGUUGUGAUGAGCAGAAACUCUAGGUCUCUCGCUGGCUCAAGUCAGGCCCGAGGGGAGGCUGCCUUCCCUUCAGUCACAUAUGUCAGAUCUACGUCACUCAGCUGAAGCCCAAAUUAGGCUUUUCAGCACUGAAACUCAAGGUUUGUUUUUCCCCAAACCAUUGCAGUAUAAAAUGUAUGAAAAUCUAAAGUAUACACAAUAUGGGUUUUGAGAUAGCAGCCCCUAGUCUGCUAUUCUGGUUCUGCUCUUUUUCCUUUCCUGAGAAUGUCUUGUUUCCUCCAUGUUCUAAAAAAGUCACUGCUUCCUAUUUAGUCUGAUUAUAUUUAUUGUCCAAAAACAACAGCCUGCAGCCGCACGGGACAGAAAUUCAUAACUACUGAGCAAUGUUCCCUUCUACCUUUGACAGCCCGAUUUGCAGCAAAUAACAGACGAGAGGAAAAUAGCACAAAGAGGAAGGAUUAAACUCUCUCGCUGACGCAUUGUAGUCCCAAUCUAGAUUAUCCCGCUCCCAUAACAGCUUUUGCUGAGGAGCGAGAAUUGCAAUUUGUAAGUGUAAUUUUUAAGGCACAGGUGCAGUGUAGAUUAGGUUUGGCUCCUAAUCUACAAUGCAGCAGAAGGAAGUAGGAAUGGAGUGGUGGAGUCUUGCAGUUCUAGAAUGGACUGUACCACUUCAAGCUGCAAGUGGAGGACCAUAUUUUUAAAAUUCUCUUGUCCUGGGAUGAGGACCCUCUCUGCAUGUAGAAAGCUAGCAGGAAGUGGAUUGUGCGGCAACCUUUCUCCCUGAUGUGUGAAUUUGCUCACCUGCAGGACCUUCCCCCCCCAAAGGACAUUCUAAAAUAUAUAAUACCCCCCUGCAGUAUGAAGUGGAAGUGGUACAGUCCACUCACUGUCCCGUCCCCCGGAUCUACCAUCACAUUCUGCUGUGUAUCUAGACCAGUGUUUUCCAAAGUUGGGUCUCCAGCUGUUUUUGGACUACAAUUCCCAUCAUCCCUGACCACUGGUCCUCCUAGCUAAGGAUGAUGGGAACUGUAGUUCAAGAACAGUUUGAGAAACCCUGAACUAGACCAUCCCUGACUCAGCAUUCUUCUUCCUGUGCAUUCUGCACUCCCAGCAGCUCACCCUCAGUGAAAUUACCAUAUGCCCUCAUCUGCAUUUGUUGUGCCAGCUCAGUUUCUCUGUUUUCAUCCUGCCAUGUCUCUUGUUUCCCCAGAAAUGGUUCAAGAAGCGCCUUGCGGAGUGGAGGAGGUCAGAAGGGCUGCCUUCGGAGUGUGGGUCUGUCCGAGACUGA